GACCAACACACGACAUAUUUACAGACAAGCGCCUGUUUUGACGAAAUAGCGAAUAGGUCUGGCAACGUGCAGUUGACGGCUUUGUCAAGGAAGAGAAAAAGAAUCCAAUGCGAUCCAAUCCAAGCAUUGCAUGUGUGUUUGUUUACUCGAAGUUUGUUUCACUGACGUUGUCCAGUGAUUCCAGGCAUGCACCGAAAGUGAAAUCCCCCCCCUUCUCGCACCCCUAGCAGAAUGGAUUUCUACGACACGGAUCUGGACGUCGACGACGGCUUGUCCGAUUCCAUGUACUACACGGACGAGCCGGAAUUCACUUUGGCCGACCUGUACACAAACUGCCUGGUUCCGACGCUGCGCGACGGCAUCGGCGCGGCCGCCGUCCUUUUACCGACUUGCAUCGUCUUCAGGCUCGUCGUCCAUGCAAAUAUCCUGCCAAGGAAUGGAGUCCAUAUCCUCUCUGCCCUGGCCGGCAUCUGCUGCCUCUACCAUUUCUUUGCGGGGCUUGCGAGUUACGUUGCCAGCUUUGCCAUGUUUGGCAUUGCCGUCCUCUUGUCUGUAGACCUCUGCGUCAGGAGGCUCAGAGGGCUAAUCUGCUCUGCUGCCUGCAUCGCCUUUGUGGUCGUCUGUGAACUGUACCUCGUGGAUGCUACGUCCUGGCACAGAGUUCGAGGACCGCAGAUGAUCAUUGCCAUGAAACUGAUCUCUCUGGCUUUGGACGUCGACAGCGGUAGCUACAAGCUGCCACCGCUGUUGCACAUCCUGGGCUAUGUGUUCCACGUGGGAACCUCGAUUUUUGGUCCCUGGGUCGGCUUUUCAGACUACGAUGCCAGCAUCGAUGCAGGUCCUGUAGACGUUUUGUGGAGCCUGUCUGUGGGCCGCUGCUUCCUGCUGUCAUACAUGAGCCUUACAGUGUCCACCUGCUGGGCUUCUUGGCUGCUGCCCUUCGGAGACUUCAGGUGGCCGGCUGCCUAUAGGGAUGCCAUGUCCUUCCGCUUCAGCCACUACUUCAUCUCCUUCCUGUCGGAAACAACUGCGGUGGCCUCUGGCAUCACUCAGGCUGGUUCCCUGGACCUGGCCGUCACCUCUCCCAAAGAUGUGGAAAUUCCGCGGUCCCUCGUCGAAGUGGUGAUCCACUGGAAUCGCUCCAUGCACACCUGGCUUAGACAAUACGUUUUCAAGGCAACCAGGCCUCUGGGGAACUUCACUGCCAUUCUGCUCACCUAUGCCGCGAGCUCGCUGCUUCAUGGCAUCAACUUUCAGUUGGCAGCCGUCCUUCUGUCCCUGGGAUUUUACACCUAUACGGAGUUUGUGCUGCGCCAGAAGCUGGCUACGGUAUUUGACGCCUGCAUUGGAGCUAGACGCUGCAAACCGCACUGUGACCACCGCUACAAGAGUGACCAUCCUGCAGUGUUUGGAACAAACCUGUUCUUUGGUCUUCUGAGUGUUUUCCACCUGGCCUACCUUGGAGUCAUGUUUGAUGCAGCACCACAGCUCCAGGAACAGGGCUACAGUAUGUCACACACACUCAGCAAGUGGUCGGAGUUGAAGUUUGCAAGUCACUGGGUGGCGCUGGCCACUUUCCUCUUCUACCUCUUGGUCUGACUGAGCCAGGCACCACGACCAGCCAGCUCCGUGCCUAGAAUAUGCACGAGGAGUGAACGACCGCUGAUCGAUCCGACCACUGUCAUCCGAUGCCAAAAACGGAAGCAUUUACACCUUCACGUCAGUCACUGAGGUGCUUUAGGUCACAAAGUAGCAUUCCUCUCUCUAUUGUGCUCUACACUCAUUUCGCACUUGCUUUUAUGCAACCUUAUGGAGUGCUCAACUACAGUCUAUUGCUCAUGCUUUCUUCUUAGUAGUAGGUGUUUUUAAUGCACUCCUCGCAUUCCUUCUGAUUUUAUCCUGCGAUUUCUUUUAUAUUUAUGUAUCAAUAUUCAGUUUUUGUGGGGCCUCUGGUUUAGUGUUCAGAGGCUGCUACUACUGCUUUUCUUGCUGUGAUAUCCUACCAAUGAACACGUUUUACUUUUGUUGACAGAACUAGGUUUUUUAGAUGUAAGUCAAAGUACAUGUGAGAAGAGGUUGACAAACUGCAAGCUCAAUCAUGUCAGUACCACAUGCAGCUGUUUGACUGUUAGUGCCAUAAUGCAUGUUUUGGAUCGAGACAUUUACACCAGAGAUGCCCCAGUCUGUACACAUUCCGAAAAUAAAGUUCCAAUGUUAGCCUCUCGCA